AUGUUCCGUCACGGCUUCCAAGUCGGUUUCCUCGUUGCGUUUGUGUCAGUGUUCGCGCGCAGGGGCACCGGUUGCGCUUUCUGCGACAGGCUGUCGCAGCAGCAGGGAUACAGGACGAUCGGUAGCCCCAGGCCCUUCGGGUCCGAGAAACCUACCAGAGUGCAGGAGUUCAACAGAACAGGCGUGUUGCACCCCGAGUACCAGAUACCAGCCAACCUUCGACCCGGCAAUGUGUCUCAGUUCUAUUACCUGAGUCCACGCGAAGGCCCGCCCCUCACGUUACUUGUUAGCCCCUGUAGCGGACCGAUAUCAUGGACUGUCAGUUACGUCGAACCACCGAAAGACACCGAGGAAACGGAGGGAUCGAAAUCGCAAACACGAUGGCCGGUGAAGACUCUGAAGCCAGGCUCCCCCCUUUUCACGUACAGAGGCGCGGAGGAUCAAAAUUUCACGAUACCAAAGACCCGCGCUGGCCUUUAUUGGUUCGAAAUUAAAUCCGUGGACCCGCCUGAUGACGAUUAUCAAAAACCGACACCGAGCACUGUGCUCUUGUACGCGACCUCCAACGACUUGGAUCACGUGUCGAAGUGGUACGCGAACGACAAGAAAAAUCGCCACCGUCCGUUGAAGUUCCAACAGAGAAGAAGUAAGCGUCGACUUACAAUAUCCUGGGACAAAAGCAACGUGGACCCCCACCUAUCCCGCUACUGUUUGGCUGUCACGUCGGGGUCCCAGCCCCACCCCCUGACGCUUUGCGCAGCGCAGAAUGUUCUGCGUGUUCACACGCACCCCAUGAAGAGAAGCUCGUCGUCCAAGGAGCAACAACACCGCGGCAUUCCGGAAGGACUCCAUUGCGUUCGACAAACGAAAUUGACACUCCACAGGAUGAAGUACGAUACUACGUACAAUUUCACGUUAUACGUGGUGAAUACACGAAACAAUGUCUCGAAUCGAGUGGCCGCCGAUACGAUAAGAUUCCGAAAAACGCCGGAAUUGAUGCUACGCACUGGUCGUUAUGCCACGGCCAAUUUGCGUAAAACCGAUGGGUUCGUUAACUUCCGGUACCGUCCUCCGGAGAACAUUUCCAGCACCUUCCAUAUUCUUCCCUGCGGUGGUGGCAUCGUCAAAGCGAAAUUAAGUGGCCCAGGAAUUUCACGGGAAAAGGAAGUAGUAGGAUAUGCAUCAUUAAGGGUGCCACCUUUAACUUCAGGAAGGGCGUACACGUUACGGAUAUCCGCCACACCGCAGGAGUUGACACAAGUAUUUGCUAUAAAGGUAUUAGCUACUCAAGAGUCGUCCACAAUAUUUCCACAGAUUCCAUCCAGAAGUACACCACGUGAGUACAGAUCGUUAAGGACUUGCCACGAGGUGACGAUAGGAGUAGAGUCAGCGGGUGCAGCCAAGUAUUGUAUUUUAGUGCAAGAGUUGAGGAGCACCUCGUCGUUUGCCAGCAUAACAACAAUCCCGGACCAAUGCAAGCUUCAUCGUCGACGGCGUUCGGAAUAUACCUUCGAAGUCUGCGAAGAAAAACAGAGUCCGGCGAACGAUCGAGCGUUACCAUUUACCCUAAAGCGGUUGCAGCCAGGAAAGGCUUACGUCUUGCAAAUCACGGCGCAAGUGAAUGGCCAAUCGUUGUCCUAUCCGUUGUUAGGUGUACGCACUCGACGUUCCUGUCUAUCUUAAUUUUAAAAAGCAGAAUAAGAACAACCAAUGAUAAUCCUUAAGAACGAACAUUAUUCGAACACCUUGGGCUCUUAGUUUUGUUUUUA